AUUCCAUGAGCCUAUUCGGAACGUGAAGCGUAGUUCACCGGCACGUAGGGGCUAGGGCCACUACUUAGGUACCUAUCAGAUCAUUUUCUUCAGCGUUACAUAUAUUAUUGAUUGGGUGCCACCUGGUUUUAGCAAGCCAUUAAAAUGAAGGUUGGAUUCCUUGGCGCUGGAAAAAUGGCUCAGGCCCUCGCUAAAGGAUUUACUUCUGCCGGAAUAACAAAAGCAAGUGAUGUUAUAGCCAGUUGUCCUAAAACGGACAAUUAUUUGUUGGAAGAAUUCCAAAAGGACGUCCCUGGAUCUAUGGUUACCAACAGUAACACAGACGUGGUGGAGCACGCUGACCUGGUGCUGAUCGCCACCAAGCCGCCCAUCGUUCCACGGGUGAUCCAAGAGGUCAACCCGGCUGUCCGUCCAAGAAACUUGCUCGUUUCUAUCGCGCUUGGCAUCCCCAUCACGAAUUUGGAGCAGAUGCUGCCUCCGAAGACGCGUGUCAUCCGCGUGAUGCCCAACACGCCCUCGUUGGUGAAGGCCGGCUGUACCGUUUUCAGCUGUGGCAGCAGCGCCACCGAAGAAGACGGGCUCAUCGCGAAACGGUGUUUUUCCUCGGUGGGCUUCUGUGAGGAGGUGCCUGAGGUACUGAUCGAUGCAGUGACCGGGCUGAGCGGCUCAGGACCCGCGUACAUCUACCUGAUGCUGGAGGCGCUCGCCGAUGGCGGCGUCAAGAUGGGCAUUCCCCGCCCGCUGGCCUACAAGCUGGCGGCGCACACGAUGAUCGGCGGCGCGCAGAUGGUUCUGGAGACCGGCAAACACCCCGGGGCGCUGAAGGAUGACGUCUGCUCACCGGCAGGGUGUACCAUCGAAGCAAUCUACCAGAUGGAGCAGAGUGGUGUGCGAGGCUCCCUGAUAAAGGCUGUGGUAUCAGCCGCGCAAAAGUCCAAGGAAACUGGUCAGCGAGGAUAAGGUCUUUCCAACUACGAGAUGGCUGGAUUGGUGGUGGAGCUUAACACAAGGUUGUGGUUUAAAUUAACGUUAAAAGUAUGUAGAAUUGUUGUGUUAUUGUUGCCUGUAUUGGCAACAUGUCAGUAUGAUUCCCGUAAAUGUACUCAUGCAUGAUUUAUGACCGAUUUGGAUACUAUUUGGUACCAUAUAGUUGGUUGUAGUUGGUAUUGUUGCGAUUGUUUCGAUGCAUCAUGUGGGAACAUUUUCUACAGACGAUUUAUGUCAUCUGUGAGAUGUGUUUCGUGGAUCAUGACGCAAUGCAUUUAGUGACCAGUACAUAACAAGUUGUAUUGUCUUCCAUAUCAUCGUCCAGGGUAAUGUCACGAUAUAAACGGUAACCAUCAGUAGCAAUUGUGCCAGCGAAAUAAUAUGAACGUGUUGCAUGAUAUGAUGUUACGACAGCAGCACAUUUUACCGAUGGUUCUAUCGGCAUCCGGUAUUGUAACGCUGAAUUAAGUGCAUUAUUUUAAAAAAGUAUAUCGGCGCGGGUAAAAUGACUUAUAGGAAUCGGUGUUUGAUGAGUAGAUUUCAUCGCACGUGUCUCCUUCGAUUUACAUAGGCCCAAUUCGAAGUUUCCAUAUGUGACAUUCGCGACUCGGGAGUCGCGAACAGUAACUAACCGUCAGUAUCGUACGCCUUUUAUACCGAUUCGAAAUGGCAUUAAAUGCGAUGGACCAGCUCAACAUAGUGUCUUUUUUAGAAUAAAACAUGCAUAGGUCA